CUGAGUAGAUUUUACGGUGUCUACCUACCUAUAAAAUAUAAAACCCCAAUACUAAUGAAAACUAAAAAUGAGAUUGUCAAGGAUUUCGUGAGAAGAAUAUAAAAGGAAAAGGUCAAGUUAUUUUUGUGCUAAAAAUAUAUAAUUCAUGAGGAAUUCAUAAAUAAGACAUACUGAGUGCCAAAAGUGGCCACAUUAAAUGAAAUAAGUACUCAAAUUAUUUGGAACAUAUUUUAUAACCUCUAGGAACUACUUUUGGAGUAGAAUAAAUGAAAAUGCGUUUGUCCGUGCGAUUGCUUUCGUCUGUUGUGCAAAAAAGGCCGUUCUACAUCACAACACCGAUAUUUUACGUGAAUGCUGCUCCUCACUUGGGCCAUUUAUACUCAGCUGUGGUAGCAGAUGCCAUACAAAGAUUUGAGAAGCUGUUGAAUCCAGACUGCAAUGUUAUAUUUAGCACAGGCACUGAUGAGCAUGGUACGAAGGUACAACAAGCGGCGGCCAAAGCCAACCUGCCUUUACAAGAGUACUGUAACAACAUAUCAAAGGAGUACAGAGACCUGUUCAGAGAUUUUGAGGUGGACUAUACCGACUAUGUCAGAACUACAGAGGACAGACAUAAGAAGGCUGUGAGGCAUUUCUGGAGAAAGCUAGUGAAAAACGACUAUAUCUACAAGGCGAAAUACUCAGGAUGGUACAGUGUUAAUGAUGAAGCAUUCGUGCCCGAAACACAUACUAAAGAUGAAAUUACAGAAGACGGAAAGGUCAAAGUGUCCAUAGAAUCUGGUCAUCGUGUUGAAUGGACGGAAGAAACUAACUAUAUGUUUAGACUGAGCGCCUUCAAAACACAUCUGCAAGAGUGGCUUAAAACAGAUGGUGUGAUUCAACCAAACAAGUUUCAGAAACAGCUACAAGAAUUCUUAUCGAGUAGCACUUACUUUCCUGAUAUUUCCGUUAGCAGACCUUCCUCGAGGGUGCAUUGGGCUAUAAGAGUGCCUGAUGACGAAGAGCAGAGUGUAUACGUGUGGCUGGAUGCUCUGGUCAACUAUUUGACUGUGACUGGUUACCCUGAUGAGGACGUGAUGAAGACGAGGCGCGCCUGGCCGCCUGAUGUACAUGUCGUCGGCAAGGAUAUACUCAAAUUCCACGGCAUCUACUGGCCAGCAUUCCUGAUGGCUGCCAAGUGGCACCCGCCGCGAAGAAUCGUGUGCCAUUCUCACUGGACGGUGGACGGCAACAAGAUGUCCAAGUCCCUGGGCAACGUGGUGUCCCCGGGCACCGUGCCCGCUACCUCCGCGCUGCGGUACAUGCUGCUGAGGGAGGCCACUAUGGCUGAUGACGCUAACUACAGUGAGACAAAGCUGAUCAACAUCGCGAAUUCCGAGUUAGCUGACACGCUGGGUAACCUCACGUCGCGCGCCACCGGCGCCGCGCUGAACCCGCGCGGGGAGUUCCCGGCGCUACACACACACGAGCUGGCCGAGUGUAUGAGCAAACAUGUCACUGCGGACUUGUUGGACCGCCUCGACAGACUGCCUGACAUUUGCCAUCAACACUACACAAACUACCAAUUCUACAAAGUGGUAGACUCCGUCAUACAUGUGUUGCACCUAACAAACCUUUUCUUCGAAACCAUGAAACCCUGGGAUCUCAAAAAGAAGUCAGAAUGCCAGAAAGAAUUAGAUGUUAUCCUCCACAUUACUUUAGAAACUCUGAGAAUUUGCUCAAUAAUACUUCAACCGAUAAUACCCGGUAUGGCGAAUAAAUUGCUGGACAAAUUACAGAUACCGAAAGAUUCCAGAUACUGGCAACACUGUGAGAAGCCAUCUUGGAGAGUCCAAGGUUCCAUUUUCGAAACAAAAAACAUUCAAAGUGGAAAAUUCGUGCUUUUCCAAAGGAUAUAUGCAGACAAAAAGAAAAUGCAAAAGAAAAUCGCUAGUGGAUAGGAAUAAUAUUGUCGGUCUGUGACUGCAGACACAACAUAGGACUUUUAAGUCAAGAGUGAAUAGGCAUCUUCUAGGCAAGCGCGCUUCAUCUUGGGCUACAUCAUCACUUGCCAGCAGGUCUGGUUACAGUCAAGCGCUAGUCUGUGAAAAAAAAACUUCAAACUAAAAAAAAAAUCGGAGCUGUUACGAGGAUUAUUGUCCGUCAGGGUAAAAAAUGACAACCAAAUAACGGCUAUUUUCGAAAAUUAAACCGAAAAUUGUUGUAAAACCUUUUCGAUAUUCGUGAAAAAUCUGUAGAAAUUCGAUAUUCGGGAAAUAUUUCGUAGGAAUCUCUUAUAGAGAUAAGUGCUUCCCUGUCCGCUUUUUAUUUUUUUCUUUUACGUUUGAUUUUUGGUACAAAUAAAUUAAAAAAAGUGCAUUGAAAAUUAUGUGUAGAACACUUUGCGUAGUGUUCAUAUAAAUAGCUCGUCCACACAGGC